UCACUUUACGUCACUUUACGUAUGAGUUGUGAGACCGAAAACACUCUGGAACUUGUAGUUCUUUAACGUUCAAAUCACUGACAGCGGAAUGUCCCCACUUCCGCUCUGAAGGCGGGGGUGUGUUCGGUUCCUUGCAGCUGCUCGCGCCCCACCCUCUGUUGUUGUUUUUUUUAAAUUGUUAUUAAAAAAAAUAAAAUAAUAAUAAAUAAUUAAAGGAUCGUUUCCGGCGCACGACAGUUGGCUCGCCGCGCGUAUGCAGCAGAAUGGGUCGAGCGGCUCCAACGGCGGUUCCAACGGCUGCAACGGCGGCGGCGGCGGGAGGGAGAGGGACCACCGCCAGGCUCUGUCCUUCAGCCCGUUGCCCGGAGCAACCACGCAAGUCAGGCGGUUCCUCCAGGAGCGGCGCACGCUGCCGUUGCCCAGGGUGAUGGUGGUGUUCUCGGCCGCGGGCGAUGCCAUGUCGAGCUCGGACUCCGCUGCGGAGGAGGACCUCCGGAAGCCGCUCCGCUCCUCGCUCAACACCGCGGAGCAGGAGUUUCCAGAGGUCAUCUCUCUGAACGUUGGGGGCACAUACUUCACCACCCGCCUGUCCACCUUGCGGCGAUACGAGGACACCAUGUUGGCCGCCAUGUUCAGCGGUCGUCACUACAUCCCACGUGAUGCUGAGGGACGCUACUUCAUCGAUCGGGACGGAACAUAUUUUGCGGACAUCCUGAACUUCUUGCGAGAAGGUGAGCUUCCCCACAGGGACCGGGUGCGAGCGGUGCACAGAGAGGCUCAGUACUACUCCCUCGGCCCGCUGCUGGACAGCCUGGAGGACACUCAGCCGCUCACCGGGGAGAAAGUCCGGCAGGCUUUCCUCGACCUGAUGCCAUACUACAGAGACAAUCUAGAGCGUAUCAUGGAAAUCGCCAAACUGAGGGCCAUACAGAAGAAGGCGCGGUUCGCCAAGUUGAAGAUCUGCGUCUACAAGGAGGAGAUGCCAAUCACGCCGUACGAGCGCCCCCUUUUUAACUCUCUGCGUUUCGAGCGCUCGGACAGCGAGGCCAAGCUCUUCGAGCACCACUGCGAGGUGGACGUUUCCUUCGGACCCUGGGAGGCGGUGGCGGACGUUUACGACCUGCUGCACUGCAUCGUCAGCGACCUGGCCGAGCGCGGCAUCACCGCCGAGCAGCAGUGCAUCGGCGUCUGCGACAAGCACCUUAUCAACCAUUACUACUGCAAGAGGCCCAUCUACGAGUUCAAGAUCACGUGGUGGUGAAGCCGGAGGGAGGCGGUCAGAGCCGAUGGGACCAAAACGCAAAAAGGAUGGAUGUUUCCGUUUUUACUACAACUCGACCGAUAUUGGUUUUUAUAUUGAAGUUGCCAAUAUUUUGUGCUGAUGUCUUAAAAUGUCACCCUUUAAAUCAUCCUUCAACAUAUAAGUAUUAUGUUCCCCCAAAAUAUUUACAAUUUUCUUUCUUUUCAAAAUGAAUAACACAAAUUAAACUCAGUUGCUAGUUUAUUAAGGACAACUUUAAUGCAGUCCAAAAAAAACAGUCCUGUAUUAAAUCUUAAAUUUAAAACAGCUUCAACAAAUACUUCAUGAAGUAGGAUUUAUUGUCGGACUGUUGUUUAAGACUGCAUUAAUUUGAUUUAAUUCUGCCUAAUUAACUGGUAACUCAGUGUAAAUACCAAAGCAAUACUAAUACUUUAAAUAGUAACAUAACAACACAACAUAACCAACCUCCAUUGGUUUAACUUCUCACCUUGAUGCAGUGAUGUAAAGGUGUACUCUAGGACCUUGUGACAUCACUGUUUGGUGUUGUUACAGGUGUGUCCAACACACACUUCGGACCACACCCAGUAUUUUUUAGGAAGAGUUGAAAGAGGUGUAAAAAUGUUCACAAGAAAGGGAAAAAACACAACAAAAUUACUAUUUAAAGUUCUAUUCUUAAAGGAAUUAUUCAACCAAAACCAGAAAUAAUUAACAAUAAUUAACCCCCAGAAGUAAAUUUUUCUAUUGAGAGCGGGAGCUCCUGAACAAUGAAAGCAUAUCAGUGAAAAAACACUUUCGAAACUAAAGACAGCAAAGAAAAGGUAACUUUCUGAAACUCUCUGUGCAGACUAAUCAAAGUCUUGUAUCCUUUUGUUGGCUAACGGAAAUCCAAACACAACUAUUUUUGCUAUGAUAUUGCUAUACAAAGCUUUUUUUGGGAUUAUCCUCCUCGGAAAUGCUACGGAUAAUGCUGCACGUAAAUAUUAAGAAGCUUUUUCGAAAGCUUAAUAACCUUUUUUUGCCGUCUUCUAGACAGAUUCAGAGUCUGUUUGCCCUGAUAUGCUGUCAUUUGUUUCCAACGCUCCACUAUCCUUAAUGUCAUUCGAUAAGUAACUGUUUCUGGGACCAUAGAGAGUUUAGGGAAUUGAUUACUAUAUACAAUUUAGGCUGCUUUUGGGUGAACUAUUCCUUUAAGUUACAAUUCAAAGGUCUCACCUUAAAUCAUGAUAUUGAGGGAAGGUUUCAGACGGGUUUUGGUCGCACUCAGAGUCCAGCACAGUCACUGUAGUCACAUGCAAGUUAAAGAAAAAACACAAAGUAUAGAAAAUAUUCUUGAAGUAGCAGCGCUGUCAGAAAUGCCAGCCAUUAUGUAGCUUCUUUACACGGCUGUGUUUCUUAAAACUGAAGCCUAUAAUUUCUUGUCAGACUGGAUGACAUGUUGAGCGUCUGAUUGAACAAAUUAGUUCCAAUUUUAAUGAAUACCUUCACCAAACAGCAGCCGCUGUGGCCACAAAACAAUUAUAAUUGCUUUUAAAUGUAGUGUAACAAGUUAUUGCUUUAUUUAAUUGACUAAGUAAUGUUUGUUAAACAGUAGUGCAUAUUUAGCUAAAGCACAGAACUUUUCAUUUGAGAGACAAAAGGACAUUUCCCCUUUUUAAACAUUACAUAGUCCUUUAAGGCACAUAACCUCGACCCAAAAAGUGUCUUUCUGAGCUUAAAAUCAAAUGUUUCUAUUUCCAACUUACAUGUAUCAAACUACAAAGACUGUUUGUUGGAGUUCUUUGACUGAAUGAUAGUUCUAGACACAUUGACGAAGGAUUUAAGCAAAAAAUCUAAAGCCUGAGAGGAUUGUCGCAUCAGGAGUGGGUCGUUUGACCGUUCAUCUAAUUUUAAAGUCAAUCCUGCCCAUUGUCUCACUUUAUUAUUAUUUAAUUUAUUUAAUAGCUUCGUUUUUUCCUAGCUUCUCCCUAACCUUGAUUGGUAUGUGAUUGGGUUCAGAACUGUCUCACCACAUUUCCAGAGCAAAGAAAGGACCUUGUGGUAAAUAUUGAAUAUUGUAAGUAAGUAAAGUCUGAAGUCAAAUCUGUAUUUUUUAGGAAUAAGUUUUGUUUCAGGAUGCAGAUUAACUGUUUAACCAGUUUCUUUUUGGAUAAACAGAGUAUAUUUUAAUUAUGCAAUCUCCCGAGGAGCUUGUUUUUAAAGAUGUGAGAAAUGUUUGGUGGUAUCCAUUUUGUCCGUCUUCACAUUUUACUUGUUUUACUCAAAGUUGCCAGCGAUUGAAGGUAGCUGAAGUUUUUGCACACUAAUCUAAUAUUUGCAGAUGAAACACAGCUAUUUACACAUUCGUCCAUUGUUUCUCAGUUAAAAAAUGUACAAUAUUUAUUUUAGUAACUGUCACAGAGAGAAUCAACUAUUAUUGUUCUUUAUUGUUAACUCAAUCACCGUUAAGUUAAAUGUUAUUUCCUACUGUACUUGAUAAUGAAGUCGAAGCGCUUUGUGAUUGUAACCAAUAUAUGAUUUUAUUUUACCUCAAGUGAAAGUGUCUGAUAAACAACGAUAGAAAGCAACAGCGCACUACAUUUAUAACAUGCUUAUUUUCUUGUCCUUUUAACGGAUGCAGGAGAGAUGAAACACUGCUAAUCUUUGUUUACACUUUUAUGUUUGCAAUUUUUUUACAAUGUUAUUUAUCUGUUUAUGUUAGCUUCUAGGAAGCUACAAUUCAAUAGUAUUAUUUGGGAUUUUCGUUUGUUU